AUGUUUGUUGUUGUUGUGUGUUGCAGCGCUGCCACGUCUAGCCCUGGUGCCACGUCUAGCGCUGGUGCCACGUCUAGCACUGGUGCCACGUCUAGCCCUGGUGCCACGUCUAGCGCUGGUGCCACGUCUAGCACUGGUGCCACAUCUAGCACUAGUGCCACGUCUAGCACUGGUGCCACGUCUAGCCCUGGUGCCACGACUAGCGCUGGUGCCACAUCUAGCACUGGUGCCACGUCUAGCCCUGGUGCCACGACUAGCGCUGGUGCCACAUCUAGCACUGGUGCCACGUCUAGCACUGGUGCCACGUCUAGCCCUGGUGCCACGACUAGCGCUGGUGCCACAUCUAGCACUGGUGUCACGUCUAGCACUGGUGCCACGUCUAGCUCUGGUGCCACGACUAGCGCUGGUGCCACAUCUAGCACUGGUGCCACGUCUAGCGCUGGUGCCACGUCUAGCACUGGUGCCACGUCUAGCCCUGGUGCCACGUCUAGCGCUGGUGCCACGUCUAGCACUGGUGCCACAUCUAGCACUAGUGCCACGUCUAGCACUGGUGCCACGUCUAGCCCUGGUGCCACGACUAGCGCUGGUGCCACAUCUAGCACUGGUGCCACGUCUAGCCCUGGUGCCACGACUAGCGCUGGUGCCACAUCUAGCACUGGUGCCACGUCUAGCCCUGGUGCCACGACUAGCACUGGUGCCACGUCUAGCCCUGGUGCCACGUCUAGCGCUGGUGCCACGUCUAGCACUGGUGCCACGUCUAGCACUGGUGCCACGUCUAGCCCUGGUGCCACGACUAGCGCUGGUGCCACAUCUAGCACUGGUGCCACGUCUAGCACUGGUGCCACGUCUAGCCCUGGUGCCACGACUAGCGCUGGUGCCACAUCUAGCACUGGUGCCACGUCUAGCACUGGUGCCACGUCUAGCACUGGUGCCACGUCUAGCCCUGGUGCCACGUCUAGCGCUGGUGCCACGUCUAGCACUGGUGCCACGUCUAGCACUGGUGCCACGUCUAGCCCUGGUGCCACGACUAGCGCUGGUGCCACAUCUAGCACUGGUGCCACGUCUAGCACUGGUGCCACGUCUAGCCCUGGUGCCACGUCUAGCCCUGGUGCCACGACUAGCGCUGGUGCCACAUCUAGCACUGGUGCCACGUCUAGCACUGGUGCCACGUCUAGCCCUGGUGCCACGACUAGCGCUGGUGCCACAUCUAGCACUGGUGCCACGUCUAGCACUGGUGCCACGUCUAGCUCUGGUGCCACGACUAGCGCUGAUGCCACAUCUAGCACUGGUGCCACGUCUAGCACUGGUGCCACGUCUAGCGCUGGUGCCACAUCUAGCACUGGUGCCACGUCUAGCACUGGUGCCACGUCUAGCGCUGGUGCCACAUCUAGCACUGGUGCCACGUCUAGCACUGGUGCCACGUCUAGCUCUGGUGCCACGACUAGCGCUGGUGCCACAUCUAGCACUGGUGCCACGUCUAGCACUGGUGCCACGUCUAGCACUGGUGCCACGUCUAGCACUGGUGCCACGUCUAGCACUGGUGCCACGUCUAGCGCUGGUGCCACGUCUAGCACUGGUGCCACGCCUAGCACUGGUGCCACGUCUAGCGCUGGUGCCACAUCUAGCACUGGUGCCACGUCUAGCACUGGUGCCACGUCUAGCGCUGGUGCCACAUCUAGCACUGGUGCCACGUCUAGCGCUGGUGCCACAUCUAGCACUGGUGCCACGUCUAGCACUGGUGCCACGUCUAGCACUGGUGCCACGUCUAGCGCUGGUGCCACAUCUAGCACUGGUGCCACGUCUAGCACUGGUGCCACGUCUAGCCCUGGUGCCACGACUAGCGCUGGUGCCACAUCUAGCACUGGUGCCACGUCUAGCACUGGUGCCACGUCUAGCGCUGGUGCCACAUCUAGCACUAGUGCCACAUCUAGCACUAGUGCCACGUCUAGCACUGGUGCCACAUCUAGCACUGGUGCCACAUCUAGCACUGGUGCCACAUCUAGCACUGGUGCCACGUCUAGCGCUGGUGCCACAUCUAGCACUAGUGCCACAUCUAGCACUGGUGCCACAUCUAGCACUAGUGCCACAUCUAGCACUAGUGCCACAUCUAGCACUAGUGCCACGUCUAGCAUAGUGCCACAUCUAGCACUAGUGCCACAUCUAGCACUAGUGCCACAUCUAGCACUAGUGCCACAUCUAGCACUAGUGCCACAUCUAGCACUAGUGCCACAUCUAGCACUAGUGUCACAUGUAGCACUAGUGCCACAUCUAGCACUAGUGCCACAUCUAGCACUAGUGCCACAUCUAGCAUAG